UUCAAUAUCAUCUGUAUUGUUAAUUUGUUGGUUGGUGCUUCACAGUUACUAGUACAGCCGACAAUAAUGUCAACUGUAUCUAAAAAUUCCUGGAUACCAGGACACAUACAUUUUACGCAUGUAACUGAUUGUAUUUCAACAGGAAAUAUUGUUGUGACUGCGUUGAAAAUUUGUGAUUCUACAAUAGAAGGCCUAUGUUUGUUAAUUGUGGAUAAUUGUAUUUCUUCACUAACAGCAUUUGAUGUUAUCCUUUGACGUCUCAAUUUAAUAGUUUGUUGGGCACUUUUUACAACAGAUUUGCUUAGGUUUUUAGCUUCUUUUAGUGAUUUGAGAUAGUCCCAACGCCUUUUAAUACUAUCACCUACAGACUCACUGCACAAGCUUUGCGCAAAAUGGUGCUCGAAAAAACAUGUUCUUGACCAUUCUUCAUUUGUAAAAAUAACUUUAUAUGAAUGUUCAAGGAAUGGAAUUUUCAAUUCAUCAAGCUUCAGAUAUUUAUGAUCGUCCUUCCCAACAAGUAAAUUUGAUAUUUCUUUGUAAAGAUCUAAUAGUGUACCUUGUGAUUGAAUUUUUGAGAAAAAAUCUUUACUUAUUUGGUUUCCAAUGGAAAAACAAUUUUCAAAGUCCUCGGAAUGAUUAAAAAUAUAUUUUAGAAUAGCCAAAGUACUUAUACAUUCUGUGCCACCAACAACUUUGAUAUGUCCUCCCUGGUAUCUUUCUACUUCUCGUUUAAUGUUAUAUUUCUUCAAUAAUUUAAUCCUAUCCUUUUCUGAUUGAUUGUUCUUAAGAUAUAUUAUAAAGUCAUCCAAAAUAAUCCACAAUCUGGAAUCAUUAUCAUCUCUUCUCAUUGGCAAUUCUCUUAAUUUCAACAUAAUGAAAUUCCAGUUAGAAAGGAACAGUACAAUAUAAUAUAAGCCGUCUGCUAGUAUAUCAAAUGAUACAAUGAGCAUUGGAUAUCUUUAUAUUAUACAAUAUUAACAUCGGUGUGAAAUUUGAUAUUGUGUGCCAACAUAGAUAGCACAUUCCUCCCACAACCAAAAAAUAUUGAAAUACAAUACAUUUAUAAAGAUAAGAUUCAGUGGGUCUAUGGCCAUGUGUUUUAUAAUAAUGAGACAGUAGCUAUAGGUGUUGACAGCAUUAGAGAUCUUACUGUAGCUCCAUUGGAGCCAGAAUUUUGGCUUGUGUGUAGUACUGUAUUGUGCGUUUUAUGUAGCAAUAAUUUCUUAUUUUUAUAUAAUCUUAUUUCCAGCAGGUAUCAGUGGGAUAUUUGACUGAACUUUUGAGAAAAUGAUGACCGUAGAUUCAAGUUAUGUUGCACCUUUUACAUCGGCAACAGUGUUUCCAGAACAAUCUCCUGAAGAAAUGAUGAGGUAUGAAACUUGGAGACUGAAAUCAUUUGAUGAAUGGCCACCUGAAGCAUAUGACAAGGCACGACCUAUGGCAUUGGCUAAAGAUGGUUUCUAUUAUACUGGUACUGAAGAUAUUGUAAAAUGUUUUAGUUGUGGUGUACAAAAAGGACAGUGGAUUUUUAGAUCCAAACCAAAUGUUGAACAUCAAAGAUUAAAUCCAGAAUGUCUGCACAUACUUGGACAAAAUGCCAGAAAUGUUUCAGUUUACUUACCCAACUGUAAAGCUUAUCAGAGAUGUUUGGCAUAUCUGCAUGAUAUUUUGUUGUCAGAAAUGGCUCGUUUACAGACUUUUAAAGACAGUUGGCCUCAUGGCAGUCCUUCUCCAAAUGACUUGGCCAAAGCUGGUUUCUCCUUUACUGGUGCACCAGAUAGAGUUCAAUGUGUGUUUUGUAAUGGUAUUUUAAAAAACUGGCAGGAUGUAGAUAUACCUAUGAUAGAACAUAGAAAACAUUUUCCUUACUGUCCAUUUGUGUGUGGUCACCAAGUAGGUAAUAUACCAAUAAAUGUCAGAAGUUCUGUUAGUACAAGUUAUAAUGAAAGACUUGAUGCAACUCAAUCUCAUGGAACAGGUGCCACUAAUCAAUUUACUCCAGUAUCUGGUAUUCAUACAGAAAGACCACGUCAUCCUAAUUAUGCUACUAAAGCAUCCAGAAUUGCUUCUUACACUAUGUGGCCGAGUGGUCUUUCACAAACACCUCAACAGUUAGCCAAAGCUGGAUUCUUCUAUGCAGGUUCUGGUGAUGGUGUGAAGUGUUUUCAUUGUGGUGGUAGAUUAGUGACCUGGGAAAGAGGUGAAGAUCCAUGGCAAGAACAUGCCAAAUGGUUCCCCAAAUGUCUAUACUUACUACAAGUCAAAGGUGAAGCCUUUGUUCAACGAUUACGCAAUCCAAAUAAUUUAUCGGAAGGUGAUCACAUUGCUGGAGGGAGUUUGGCAGAUGUAUCAUUAUGUGACAGAAACAUAGUAGGUAAUAUACCAAUAGAUGUCAGAAGUCCUGUUAGUACAAGUUAUGAUGAAAGACUUGAUGCAACCCAAUCUCAUGGAACAGGUGCCACUAAUCAAUUUACUCCAGUAUCUGGUAUUCAUACAGAAAGACCACGUCAUCCUAAUUAUGCUACAAGUGGUCCAUCACAAACACCUCAACAGAUGUUCCCCAGACGUCCAUAUUAUUUACUACAGGUAAUAGUUGAAGCCUUUGUUCCACGAUUUCAAAAUGAAAAUAUUUUAUCGGAGGGAGAUCACAUUGCUGAAGGGAGUUCGGUAGCUGCAUCAUUAUGUGAUGGAAACAUAGAAGUCAACAGAUCAAGUGAAAGAGAUGAGACCCCUUUGAUAAGUGAAGAAUAUGAUGAAGGGAUGGAAGUAAGGGACAGUGAAACUCAGGAAAGAUUGUGUGUUAACUGCAAAAAAAGUCCACCUCAAGUGCAGUUAUUACCAUGUGGACAUAGGAUCUGUUGUAUAUGUUCAGAAAAUCUUCGACAAUGCCCUUCUUGCAGAAUGAUUGUUAGGGGAAGACUUCAUAUGUAAUGAGCCUUAAUAUGGUUGAAAAGUCUUUUGGAAAUGAAAUGAAAUGGGGUUUAACGUCCUACUGUUCUGCUCCUAUACUGGGCUAAUGAAGACGGGCAUACGCCAUACAGUGUGCUAUGAGGGAAAUUUUGCCUACUCUUAUAUCGAAUUCCAACUGCCAAGGGAUCUUUUACGUGCAUUCCAAUGUAUACACGAGGGACCUCGGUUUUUCGUCUCAUCCGAAUGACUAGACAGCUGUCCUUGUCAGGCCCUCCGUUCUGCACCACUGACAAGGGGAAACCACGUCGGAAAAACCAGAAGAACUUUCUCGGCCAAUGUAGGGAUAGAACACCCGACCUCCAGGCUAGCGAGCCAGUGUCUUAAUCACUUUAAUUUACCCUACAUCUAACCUCAGCUGUAUGAGGUUUAGUGAUAUGUAGCUACACCCAUACAAUUGUCAUCUGGCUACCAGUUUACUUAUAAGGAAAAGUUGCCGCUUUUAGAAAGAAGUUCUUAAAAUGGCGGCUUUCGAAGAGUGUGUAGAGUUUUCAUUGCAAAGUUGUCCUUUAGUUAAAGAAAAUCGAAUAAACUUGAAAGAAAAACUGCUUCAGACAUCCAGGAGCAUGAAAAUAGUUACAAAGGGGGAAUUCGUCAAACAGCGUGGGCUGAGUGAUAUGACUUGUGCCUUAUCGACCAACAAUCUACCAUUUCCUUUGUUGUUAUAUUUGACCCACCCUCACCAGUUGCAAAUUUGUCUGCUCAUUUGUUUAUCAUGCUUUCAAAAAUAGAGAGUAAUAUAAUGUACCCGCUACACCUAUUGUGUUGUAUUGUCAAGAUCAUCUGCCUUGUUUGUUUACAAAAGUCUAUAUUACUGAUUCCGAAACUAAAGAUUCUUAAAGGAAACGCACAUAGGCCCAUUAUCCCCCUUGCGGUAAAUGGCCUUCUUUAAGUUCUUUUAUUUAUUGAUUUCUUUUUCUUACAUGUACAUCUGUUGUACUGUAUAAAAAUUAAUUGUAUAAUGUAAUAAAAUUUAUUUUAUCUAUGCA